GGUCCGGGUGAGUGUUUUUUCUUUCCUGCCAACCCUUUCUAGAGUGUCUGCGGGGUUCGGAGCUUCCAGGGUUUUGAAAUUUUAAAGAGAACCCUCGCCACUCCCACUCCACGCACGUGUUAAAAUUCUUAUUUUCCAUCAGAAUCCAGGAUGCGGGGGUAUGACCACCUUUAACCGUUAUUACAUUUAGGUUCUGAAUCAUGUUCAUUUAAGGAUCCCAGUACUUAACCUUUUUCAAUACUGGCGGGAGGACCGGUCAGUGAUCCACCUCCCCACCCCCACACCCCUCCUUUGCAGGGCGGAAGGGAGAGAGAGACAGGCUUUUCUGGGUGACUUUGGGCAAACCCCUACCCCGCUCCUGGUGUCAGUUUCCCCAUGUGUAAAGUAAGGGUUUGGAUGGUAGUUCGCAAAUUUGCCCAUGGGUACCAGCUUGGGAGGUAGAGGGGUGGGGGAUUUCUUAACAAUUGGGACCUUUGCAGAUGGAGGGCAGGCACAGCGACUUUUGCAAGCUAAGCAGCUGAUGCUGGUAACUACCCAGGUGUAGGUGGCCUGCCACCAGAUCACCCCAGGGAUCCCUCCAGCUUUAUCAUCCUCUUACUCACUUUCCAGGACAUGGUGUUAAACUUGGAAAUGGAAACUUAAAAACAAGAAGGAGGCCUCUGUGGGACCACUUUGCAUAGCAGGUUUGGGCAUUUGGGACCGAGCCUGGGGCUCCGGCCACUGGCUCCUGGGUCUCUGCUUUGUGGAGACAGGAUGGACAGAUUCCUGGUGAAGGGGGCUGUCGGGGGCCUUUGGGGAAAGAGGGAACAAGAGCAGACUGGAGGCGGCCCAGCAGGGUUGGGAGAAGAGGAGGAAAACAGCAGGAAAAAGCCCAGGAGAGAAGGCCCAGGGAAUGGAGUGGACUCGGCAGGCCUCAGCUGGCGGCGCAUUCGAGCCGAGGGUCUGGACUGCGAUUACACGGUCCUGUUUGCCAAAGCUGAAGCAGAUGCGAUUUUCCAAGAGUUGGAGAAAGAAGUGGAGUAUUUUACAGGUGCGCUGGCCAGGGUCCAGGUGUUUGGCAAGUGGCACAACGUUCCAAGAAAGCAGGCGACGUACGGUGACGCUGGGCUGACCUACACCUUUUCAGGCCUUACUCUGUCUCCGAAGCCCUGGGUCCCUGUUCUGGAGCACGUCCGGGAUCGCGUUUCUCUGGUGACUGGACAGACCUUCAACUUUGUGCUGGUCAACAGGUACAAGGACGGCCAUGACCACAUUGGUGAGCACAGGGAUGACGAGAGAGAGCUGGCUCCCGGGAGCCCCAUCGCCUCCGUCUCCUUUGGGGCCUGCAGAGACUUCUUCUUCCGGCAUAAGGACUCCCGGGGCAAGCAGCCCUCCCGGAGGCUGGGGGUGGUCCGGCUGCAGCUGGCUCACGGGAGCUUACUUAUGAUGAACCACCCGACCAACACUCACUGGUAUCACAGUCUCCCGGUCCGAAAAAAGAUUCUGGCUCCCCGGGUUAAUCUGACAUUUCGGAAAAUCUUACCUACUACAAAGUAAAAACGUUUUUAACAGUUGGUGCUGCUACUUGCUCCUUCCUGCUCUACCCCAAGAGGGAGCUGGCAUUUCCAUUCCCAACAGGGAACGUGGAAAAGGUGUGACCUGAAUGUGGGGCUUAUUUCACGACAAUGCAGAAUUCAGAAAGAUGAUGUGUGUAUCAGAUCGGUGAGUUAUGAAAGAAUACCAGUUGACUGAUUUUUUUUUCCUAACAAAAUGAUUAUUUUAUUGCUAUAAUACACAGCAGGUACAAAAGGUACCUUAGCAAAUACAUAAAUCAGCAGUUUGUCGGCAUAAAGGACUAGUUUAACUUAGAUUUUUGCAAAGAAAAGUAACUCUGUAAAUAAGUUAAAACUGGAAAUAAGAUUAUUUGGCUGCUACUUAAUGCCUGAUAAUUUACAAAAUGACCAAGUCAGCUUUAAGUCAGGUUCAGAGACUUUGCACAGGUAUCAUUCACAUUUACAACCGUGGCUCACUCCCUGACUCUGACCAAAGAUCUGCUUACAACUAAGCGUUCAAAGGAUGAGCCCUGUUGAUGUCAGCAUCUCUCUUUAAUGGCAGAUUUUAAAGAGUAAGCAGUGGCAGAACAGCAGUGCUCAAAGCUACAGCUCUGCGAAGUCAAAGGCCACACGACUGAGCAUUUGUUCUCCCAGACUCAGGUGUGCUGAGGACGCUCCUUUCAGCGUCAAAGCCAGGGGUCUGUAACAGAGUCAGGAAGGGAUGUCUGCAGCGAGCAGAUCAGAAGCUUCCCGCGGCUCCUUUCUCCCCAGUGUUUGUGGCCUGGGGGACCUUCACAGUCUGUUUUCUGGGCAGUGAGAGUUUUGAGUCCCUGGGGUGCACGCCCGCCUGUCAGAGUGGUGAUCACCUGGGCCGCUGGCGCUUCUAGCUGACACCAAGGCACGGUCUGGAGGUGUCAGCCAGCUCGCCCCCCACCAGGGGAAGCACAGUUCUUAGCCUCACCUUAGGUGACCUUUUGGAUGGGUCUGAUUCCGAAAUGUUAUCUCUGAAGAGUCAGUCUGAAUUUGGUAUCUUUUUAAAAAUUGCUUAAAUAAAAAAAUCUAUCUAAAACGUUGAUACUGCUGUGUUAUCUUAAUUCCUUCGGCCCCAGGUUGCAUUCAUGAGACUUACCUGAAGAGGGAGGUGAAUGCUCAACAGAAUCUUUUGUAUGCGGCUGCUGGAAAUGAAUACAUUUAGAAUGUGGACCUAGAACAGAAUGACAGUACUAGAGAUGAGCUGUAGCUGUAUGUUUAAAAUGGGUUUUUUAACUUCUUCUGUUUUGUGGGAAGGGCUGGACUUUGAUGGUCAUCGAAUCUAACUUCACAGAUGAGGAAACGGAGGUACAGGGAGACAGCAGCCCCAAGGUCGAUGUCGUUCCUUCUGAAUCCAGCUCUCAAAUGGAGGCUUGGAUUGUCUUUUCUACCCAGCCUCUGGCUCCACCUAUAAACCUUCAGAGCUCUGCACAGGCGAUAAAUAAAUAGGUGAGAAUAACAUCCACUAAGGAUCUCUGUGUGAGAAGGGGUUUUGUACAGAGCAGAGGAGUCCUAGGUGGGGCAUAGAGGCUGCUGAGUUCCAGCUGUUCACACAGUUAUAUAAUACACGAGAAUCACAUCUCGGAGUCCAGUAUACAAAAGAUAACAGCGACAAGAAAGUGGUUCACUUGUAACUGACAAAGUAGAGAAAUAAUUUCCCCAAGGGGCAGAUUUGGCAAAUGAGCUUUUACUACAUAUAAAGAAUCGAAAGGUUAGAAAAAGACAUACAAAAGGAGAAGGCGGUAUGCUUUAGGCAGCUUUCAACUGUUCUUUUGCUAUCCACUCGGUAACUUCGGAAGGAACAGAGCUUUUCAAAAAUUGUUUAUAUGACGCUCAGAUGAGGUGUAUUUUCCAGAAGGGACCUGCUAACAAAAGCAAUUGAAAGUGAAAGGCACUUUUUCUUUGAAACUGUUGCCUUUAAUAACUUCACUAAUUCAACC